AUCAAAUACAAAAUAUGGUGGAACGAGCAUAUAACUCAAUUAGAGCUCACAAGCAGACCAGAGUUGCACAAAGACCUGUUUCCAAAAAGACAAGUUCCACAAUGCGAGAAACUUUUGGAAGCCAGGUUCUUCGAGAACUUGAAAUGAAAAAUCGAAUGGAAUGCCCGUCGCUUGAUGAGAUUCUCUCGUUCUACCACUUUCCUUGGGAAAAGCUGAGAUACAGAAAAAAUUCCCAAAAAAAGAAGAGAUCAACAUUAUAUUCGUUUUAUUUUGAACAGGUCAACAGUGGAAGAAUUCAGUUUUCAUUCGUAAUUCUGCUGAGCAUUUGUAUAUCGGAAGCGGCGUUUUCUGCAUUUGGUGCUGAAUGGCUUAAAUCUUUAAUACUUUGUAUACUAACUCUUGUAAUUUCAAUACUAUCAUUUUUUCAUGCUAAACGGACAGAACUUGUAUGCAUCGCAAGUAUUAUUUCUUGUGUGAUAAUCUCGGCUUGUACAUCAAUGCGUACCUCUGUCACAUAUCUUCUCAUAUUUUCAACAUAUUCUCUUUUACCAAUGUCUUUUAUGUUAAUGAUUUUUUCGACAUUUGCAUUGACAUUUCUCGUUGCUUUUAUUGGUGUUUUGAUGGAUUACAAUGUUGGUUUUGAUAUUAUUCUAACCAGAGUUAUGAUGGUAAUUUUGGUAAAUGUUGUGGGCAGUUUGGUGUAUUAUCCAACAGAAUUUGUCCAGAGAAAAACUUUUCAUGAGACAAGAAAAUGUGUACAAUCUCGUAUGCUACUGGACAAGGAAAUGCAUCGGCAGGAGAAGAUUCUGUUGGCCGUGCUCCCAAAAAAUAUAGCGUUUGAAGUGAAAAAAGACAUGCAGGAGACACACGAAGAACGAAUGUUUCAUAAGAUUUAUAUCAGGAAGUACGAGGAUAUUAGUAUUCUGUUUGCUGAUAUAUGUGGAUUCACCAACUUGGCGUCAGAAUAUAACCCGAAAGAUCUUGUUCUCAUGCUCAACGAGCUUUUCGCCCGUUUCGAUAAAGUAGCGUCGAUUCAUCAAUGCAUGCGCAUCAAAAUUCUUGGCGACUGUUACUACUGUGUUUGUGGAGUGCCCGAAUAUCAAAAGAAUCACGCAAUCAACACAGUCGAAAUGGGCCGUGAUAUGAUCGAGGCGAUUCGUCUUGUUCGAGAAAUGACACUUGUCAAUGUGAACAUGAGAGUUGGCAUUCAUACGGGCAAAGCUCAUUGUGGAGUACUUGGAUUGAAAAAGUGGCAGUUUGAUGUAUGGAGUAAUGAUGUGACACUGGCAAACCAAAUGGAAAGUGGUGGAUUAGCAGGAAGAGUUCACAUAACAGAUGCCACACGAAGUUACCUCAAAGGUGCGUACAUAUUGGAGGAAGGAAAUGGAGGAAGUCGAUCAAAGUUUCUGGAAAAAGAAAAAAUCAAGACAUGGCUAGUUGUUGACAGAAGUCCAGAUUAUGAUAACAUUUGUCAGGAAGCUACCAAUCAUCCAGUUAUGGUUCCAUGGAAAUCCACUAGAGGAAUCAGCAAACAGGAAAGGCUGACUGGAAUGUCUACAAGAACUCGAGGAGCAAGUACAAGAAACGGGCUGUCUGAAGAAGAAGUGCUUGUAGAAAAUGUGGAUUCCCACUUGCGACAAGGAAUUCAGGCUAUUCAUCAGGAAAACUGGAAAACCAUGCAUUGCAAGAAUUGGUCACUGAAGUAUAAACAAGUUAGAGUAGAGAAUAAGUUUGUGCGGCUGAAGUACAAGGACAUUCCAUUUCAAGUGACAUUGUAUGUGGCAAUAGUGGCAAUUUGCAUCGGAAUCAAAUUCGGGUUGAUGAAUCUUGUAUCAUUCUCAUUUGUCCCACAAAUGUUCAUCGUUCUCACCAGUGUUAUGAUUUUUAUUUUGACAAGAGCCCUCAUCAAACACGCCCGACUUGUCAGUCUCGUCAUUGGUGUUCUGUUCAUACUCCUUUCGAUCCAAAUUGUCAUUCUAAUGGGAAUGUACGAAUCAAAAUUCACAUGCGACGUGGAAAAGUGUUUCAAGAACAACUACACAGACUUUUUUGAAAUAUUCGAGAUCUGCACCCUUGCAACUUGUGUAAUCCUUUCCGUGGAUUUCAUGACAAAGUUACUGAUGUCAAUGAUUUAUUUUUCCUCGUUUACAGUUCUGAUAACUGCGAAAUUGAUUCGUAUAAACCAAUAUGAAGCACUGCUAUCCACCUAUGCAAACUUCUGUGUUUUAUCCUGUUUGACACUGCUAUUAGUUGUAUUUAGUACCAGAAGAAGUGAACUUAUUUCCAGAUACGAUUUCAUUUGGAAACUUCAGGCUCUAGACGAACAACUUCAAAUGAAGCGAAAGCAUGAGCAGAAUCGAAGUGUUCUUGAGAAUAUUCUUCCAUCUCAUGUUGCUAAGCAUUUUGUUGAAGAUGCUACAAGUGUCUCGAAGCUUUACCAUGAGUCUCGUGACAAUGCUUGUAUCAUGUUUGCAACAUUAACAGAAUUUGAUAAGUUUUAUAUUGAAUGCGAUGGGAAUAAUGAGGGAGUGGAAUGCCUUCGACUGCUCAAUGAGAUUAUAUCGGAUUUCGAUCAGAUUUUGGAUCAGAUUUUGGAUCGGGAAGAAUUUAAGAAGAUCGAGAAGAUUAAAACUAUCUCGACAACAUAUAUGGUGGCAAGUGGACUUGCUGGAAGGGAGUGCGGAGACAAUUCCCACGUCGAAGCAAUCGCCUUGUUUGCAAGAGAACUACUAGUUAAAUUGGAAUCAACCAAUAUUCACAGCUUCAAUAAUUUCAAUCUACGAAUCGGAAUCAAUGUGGGGCCAGUCGUGGCUGGAGUCAUUGGAAGUGACAAACCACAUUAUGAUAUCUGGGGAAAUAGUGUGAAUGUUGCGAGUCGAAUGGAUAGUGGAGGUGUUGCUGGAAGAAUACAAGUAACAGAAGAAGUAAAAUCAAUACUGGAACCACUCGGGUACAAUUUCGAAUGUCGCGGUCAAAUCAAUGUAAAAGGAAAAGGCAUGAUGGAAACAUUCUUCUUAUUACCACCUGAGGAUUUCGAUUGUCAACUUUAUCAUUGAUACAUUUUUGUGUUAUUUUGUGUUAUUCAUAUGGGUAGAAUAUACUUUAUAGAAACCAAUCAUUUUUCUUGAAAAAUCAAAAAAUUUUCAAAUUCUUGCCAACCAAAAAACGAUUGUUAACUUAUGUUUACUUGUAUUAUUUACGUUGUAUUAUUUCUUUAAAAUGUUGCAAUUGAAAUUAAAAUGUUAAAAUGAAUAAAUGUUCAUUU